GGGGGCGGGGCCUCAGAGCGCGCCAGCCCCACCGCCCCGCCUCUCGGCCCCGCCCCCGGCCCUGCCCAAUCCUAGGCGCGGCGGGCUCGCGAGUCCAAGCCGGGAGAGCUAGGAAGCGUUCAGAAGCCAAGUCAUGGAUCCACCUGCCCGCAAAGAAAAAUCCAAAGUUAAAGAACCUGUCAGCAGAGUGGAGAAGGCCAAGCAGAAAUCAGCCCAGCAGGAGCUGAAGCAAAGACAAAGAGCAGAGAUCUAUGCCCUCAACCGAGUCAUGACAGAGCUGGAGCAGCAGCAGUUCGAUGAGUUCUGUAAACAGAUGCAGCCUCCCGGAGAGUGAGCCACCCGUGUCCAAACGACACGGCCCCCGGAGGCUGUGCUGGUCAGCUUGUUGCCAGUUUUAGGCUGAACCGGUCCACUUGGAACCUUACAGAACCAGACAAGACGACAUCUGGGUUCUUCCUAAAACUGGAUAAAUGUGAACUUCCUGUGUGUGACUCCUGCUUCACUGGUUACUCCCGUCUGAAUUGGCCCGAUGCUUGCUGAAGAGACUUGUUUUAUUCUUCUAAGACACUAGACCCUAGAUUUUUUUUUUAACUUUUUCUAUUGUUUGAGAAAAAAAUCAGUGUUUCUCGUGAAACUGUAGAUCUUCUCCAAAAAUAUAAAUAAAAGACUGAUAAAAUGUU